UGAGUAACUUCUGAAGUGCCUGAUCGUCGUGACUACAGAAAUUUAUUGUUUACGUUUGGUUAGACGUCGCGCCUAGACCCGCCGUUUCUGAUUGGCUAGCUCUAACGCCAAUCAUUAAAGGGGCGGGAGUAAUGUGACUUUAACGGGAAGCUGUCGAUGAAGCCACUGGCAUACACUUCCUUAUUCGUCGCGAGGAAUAGAAAGUAUCGUGUGAGGAUAACGUAUGAAACAAAUAGGCACUGAGAAGUGCCGUGGGAUUGUGUUUGUUUCCUGAGGGAAGACUUCAUUAACGAAAAAAACGCCGCUGGUGUACGGUAUCGUCUAACAUUAGCCAGCUAGAGCCGUAAGCUAGCUAAGCUAGGUGAGCUGGGAGCUAAGCGGGGGUGGCGGUCGGAUUCCAGCACAACGGCUUUGAUUUACAUUAAAAUAAGUUCUGUAUAUUCGACAAAGCCACGAGUUAUGAUGAGAAAUCCACUAACGCCAGUGGAUUUGAGCGUCUCUCGUGCUGUCAUGGUUCUAAUAGUCAACUGAGGUGACACCGAGCAGUGGAUUUAGCUUCGACCGACACCGAGGAGCAGCGACAACAAGGAACAAGGCAAGCAACCACAUGCGAUGGAUUUAAAAACUGCUGUAUUCAACGCAGCCCGAGAUGGCAAGCUGAAGCUGCUUCAGAAGCUUUUAGAGAACAAAACCGACCAUGAGGUUACGAAACUGAUGUCUGAGAAAACGAAUGGAGCAACGCCGCUGUUAAUGGCAGCACGCUACGGCCACCUUGAUUUGGUCGAGUACCUUCUGGAGUGCUGUUGCGCCCCUGUUGAAGUCGGAGGAUCCGUCAAUUUCGACGGUGAGACCAUUGAAGGAGCCCCUCCGCUGUGGGCCGCGUCGGCGGCGGGACACCUGAAGGUAGUGCAGUCACUCCUGGGCCACGGUGCUUCUGUAAACAACACCACACUCACCAAUUCGACCCCUCUGAGAGCCGCGUGCUUCGACGGCCACCUUGACAUCGUCAAAUAUCUGGUGGAACACAAAGCUGACUUGGAAGUGGCCAAUCGGCACGGCCAUACGUGCCUCAUGAUUUCUUGUUAUAAGGGCCACAAAGAGAUUGCGCAGUAUCUGCUGGAGCAAGGUGCUGAUGUCAACAGGAAAAGUGUCAAAGGUAACACUGCCUUACAUGAUUGUGCUGAAUCCGGCAGUUUAGAGAUAAUGAAAAUGCUUCUGAAGUACGGUGCCACAAUGGAAAAGGAUGGAUAUGGAAUGACUCCUUUGCUCUCAGCCAGUGUCACAGGGCACACGAACAUAGUAGACUUCCUCACACAACACCCUCAAACGAACAAAAUGGAACGAAUUAAUGCUUUAGAAUUGCUGGGUGCUACUUUUGUGGACAAAAAGAGGGAUCUUCUGGGAGCUUUAAAAUACUGGAAGAGAGCCAUGGAGAUGCGAUAUAGCGACUGCAACAGUGUCCUCUUUAAAGGAGAACCUAAAGAACUUAUCAUGGCAUAUGACUACGCAAAGGAGGCCAGGAGCAUGGAAGAGCUGGACAGUUUGAUCUCGGACCCGGAUGAGAUGCGAAUGCAGGCUCUCCUUAUUAGAGAGCGCAUCCUGGGUCCAUCGCAUCCAGACACAUCGUACUACAUUCGGUACCGAGGAGCUGUCUAUGCCGAUUCGGGGAAUUUUGAACGGUGCAUCAACCUGUGGAAGUAUGCCCUGGACAUGCAACAGAGUAAUUUAGACCCCCUUAGUCCUAUGACUGCCAGCAGCUUGCUCUCAUUCGCUGAGCUUUUUUCUUUCAUGCUGCAGGACCGUGCCAAAGGCCUCCUGGGGACCUCCGUGUCCUUUGACGACCUCAUGGGCAUCCUUAGCAAAAGCGUGCUGGAGAUUGAGCGCGCCAUGAAGCAGCGACAGCCCGGACCCGACCCGGCUCAGCUCAGCAAGGCGCUCGCCAUCAUACUGCACCUCAUCUGCUUGCUGGAGAAGGUCCCGUGCACAGUCGAGCAGGACCACUUCAAGAAAGAAACCAUCUACAAGUUCCUCAAGCUGCACCCGUGCGGGAAAAACGGCUACAGCCCCCUUCACCUGGCCGUGGACAGAAACACGACGUGUGUUGGCCGCUACCCCGUGUGUAAGUUCCCCUCGUUCCAGGUGACCUCCAUUCUUUUGGAGUGCGGUGCUGAUGUGAACUGUCGUGAUGAAGAUAAUAACAGUCCUCUGCACGUGGCCGCCUCCAACAACCACCCCGACAUCAUGAAGCUGCUUAUCGCAGGUGGCACGCACUUUGACAGCACCAACUCCUUCAGGCAGACUGCGUGUGACCUGUUAGACGAGAAGGAGAUGGCCAAGAACCUGAUACAACCCAUAAAUCACACCACGCUACAGUGCUUGGCCGCUCGCGCCAUCAUCAAGUAUAAUCUCACGUAUAGAGGAAAUAUUCCAGAGAAGCUUGAGGCUUUUGUGCUACUGCACAGAUAAUGACUAAGGCACUGUCAAAGUUGGUUUUAAAAAGUGUCUCAGAGCAUGGAACUCAUUUUGAGUUCCCAUUUUCCACAUGUACGGUGUGUACAGAAUAAGAAGUCUAUCAGAGACUUUGAGAAUAGAUUAUUUCUGUUCUGUGGGCAUGCCUGAUAUUUUCUCCCACACAGUGUCUAUUUCUUGCUGUUCACUGACUUUUUUUUUUGUUUUGUUUUGUUUUGCUUUUUUUUUUCCCUUGCAGUUUUGCCUGAUCCCUCUGCUUUGUAUUUGUCACUAUGCAAAGGUGGUGGGAUGUGUCUAACUUAAUUUCCCUUUUAUCUUGCUGGCAUCUGCACAGUAUUGUUGUAUUGCUACUCUUUUCUGAACCCAUGGUUAUGCCCUCAUUUCAUUACUUUUGUCAAAGUUUCGGGAAUGGAAUGCACUCGUUACUCCCUUCGAGCGUACAGAAGCUUUAUGACGUGGUUGACGUUAUGUGAAAACCAUAAGUGCUUUAUUUCUCCUAUGCACAGCGUAUGAUAUUGCGACUGUUCCAUGUUCCUGGACUGUGCCACUGUUUUCUAACUGCCUGACUACUGUCAUCAUUUUCUCCAGAUUUCUUAACCUGACUGCAAAUCUGCAGCAAAAAUUAACCUAGUGUUUUUUUUUUUUUUUUUAAUAUAUUUGGAGGUUAGAUCUGGAGCUUAUUUUACAAGUCCUCUAAACCCAAUUGUUUUCAGGCAAGCUAUAAUUUAAAACAAAUGGUUGGAUCAAUUUUCUUCAUUUCCAGAAUGUGUAUUGUUUUAAAUCAAUGCCGAUCUUCUCAGAGAGCUGGUUCACUGAAUUGAUUUUUCUUACUCCUGACAAUAUUUGUAAAAUAUGGUAUCAUUCAUGGAUAAAUUCUUACUCUAGAUCCAAUUUUGCGGAAAACAAGGGCUUUUCAUACUUAGGCGCACAUUUCACAAGCAGAAGAAACAAAUGUACAGUCCUAGCUAUCAAAAAAACUUGCACUUUAUUGCAGUGGAGUUUCGAAGUUCCUUUUCCAAUGGCUUGUCAAUGUUCCCAGAGCAUAUUUAACAAUAAACCUCGGUUGCACUUCUUUUA